AUGCUCCUCUCCACGCUGCUCAGUCCUUAUACCCUCGUGGCCGUGGUUGCCGUCUACUUUGUGCUUCCCUACCUGAAACUAUGGAGGUUGAGCGAUAUCCCGUCACCCAGUGUGGCUGCGUUCACAAAUCUGUGGUUGAUGCUACAAGCUCGCAGGGGUCAGCGCUCCAUCACGGUUCAUGAAAUGCAUAAGAAAUAUGGCAAGAUGGUUCGCAUAGGACCGAAUCACAUCUCGAUUGCCGACGAUGCAGCAAUCCAGACGAUUUACGCUCACGGAAACGGCUUCCUGAAGGCAGACUUCUAUGACGCCUUCGUUUCGAUCCGUCGCGGCCUCUUCAAUACCAGAGACCGCGCUGAGCACACUCGAAAGCGAAAGACCAUCUCUCACACAUUCAGUGCCAAGUCGAUCGGCGAGUUCGAGCAGUACAUCCAUGGCAAUGUCGAGCUCUUUGUCAAGCAGUGGAACAAGCUGUCAGACCUGGAAGCCAACCCAAAGACCGGCUACGCCAGCGUUGAUGCCCUCAACUGGUUCAACUACCUUGCCUUUGACGUGAUCGGAGAUCUUGCCUUUGGUGCUCCCUUUGGCAUGUUGGAAAAGGGCCAGGAUAUCGCCGAGAUGCGCAAGUCCCCCGACGGCCCGCCAACCUACGUACCCGCCGUCGAAGUCCUUAAUCGCCGUGGGGAGGUCUCCGCCACCCUCGGAUGCUGCCCCGCCCUCAUUCCGUUCGCAAAGUACAUCCCGGACCGCUUUUUCAAAGACGGCCUGGAGGCGGUUGCAAACCUGGCGGGUAUCGCCAUCGCACGUGUGAACGAGCGCCUAAAGCCCGAGAACAUGGCGAACAACACCCGUGUCGAUCUACUGGCUCGUCUUAUGGAAGGAAAGGACGAGACAGGCGCGACUCUUGGUCGCCAGGAGCUCACAGCCGAAGCACUCACGCAGCUAAUUGCCGGGUCGGACACUACCUCCAACACCUCGUGUGCCAUUCUCUACUGGGCCCUCAGAACUCCUGGUGUCAUUGAGAAGCUGCACAAGGCUUUGGACAAGGCUAUCCCUCAGGGCAUUGAGGUUCCUUCUUUUGCAAUGGUGAAAGAGAUUCCCUAUCUCCAAUGGGUGAUUUGGGAAACCAUGCGUAUUCACAGCACAUCUUCCAUGGGCCUUCCCCGAGAAAUCCCUGCCGGAAACCCCCCUAUCGAGAUCUGCGGUCACCUCUUCUACCCCGGUGACAUCCUCGCCGUCCCCGCAUAUACCAUCCACCACUCUACCGAAGUCUGGGGCCCGGAUGCAGACGAGUUCGUCCCCGAGCGGUGGGAUCCCGCUCGCCUCACGGCCCGCCAGAAAGCAGCCUUCAUCCCUUUCAGCACGGGCCCUCGUGCAUGCGUGGGACGCAACGUCGCCGAAAUGGAGCUCCUCGUCAUCUGCGGUACUUUCUUCCGCAUGUUUGAUUACCAGCUGGAACAGGAGGGGCCGAUGCUGUGCCGCGAGGGAUUCCUGCGCAAGCCGCUAGGCCUAAAUGUUGGGAUAAAGCGCAGAGUUCCUGCGUAG